GCUUGGAUCUCUUGGUAACAAAUGGUGAUAGGUUGAUAGGAGAUAGUAGUGUCGUAUAUUAGUAUCCAUGCCCAUCCCGAUGCCAGCGACGCAAUGCGACAAUAUAAUUUGCUAGCAGCUCAUAAUACUGCAUGUAAUGAAUUUUUCAUCAAAUAUCAAGAUUGUCAAUACAAGCAUCCAUUUCGUAAAUUUUUUGGUUACUGCAACAACAUUGAGAAACAAAUGAUUUCGUGCAUAAAAGAACAACGAGAAAUUAAUAGAAACAAAAAUAGCCAGGCCGCUAAGGAAAGACAAAGUAGGUUACGUCUUAUUCGAGAGGAGGAAGAAAAGAGUAAACGAAUAACAUAGAUUAAUUCUAUGUGUUUCUCUCGAAUAAUUUAGUUUAAAAUGUAAAUGAUAGAAAUCGAUAUCAAAUAAAAAAUAUUCGAAACAAUUUCAAUGGUUUAACGGUCAACGAUGAACAUCGAUUCGUAUAACGAACCAAUUUCAAAAAGAAUAAAAUCAUCCGAUGAUGCGUACAAAAUUUCGUCUAAUGUACAUAAACGGUCGCAAACUACGAAUAAUGUCAAAGAAGAAAAUAAUGCAGCAAUGAAUUUUGAAUAUCAAGAAAGUUCCGAAAUAAUGGACAACAAAGACAAAGAAAUGUUGCUAGCGAGUAAUGACCAAGACGAUCAUUUAUUUCCAUUUCCUCCAGACGAUAACAUUUCGGACAUGUUGGAAGGAGUGAAAUACAAUGGAUUGUUUCCAACGAUUACGGAUCGAUACUUUACUGCUUAUUACAAAUUAAAUGUACAAAAUACCGCCGAUGAUAUUUGCAUUUUAAUGCAUAGUAAUCGUAUUUGUAUGCUCGCUUUAGCUCCGAGUCAUGUAGUUUUACAAAGCGAUACGCAAAUAAUGAAAGUUGACUUCAAGGUUAGCAAUAAACUAGACAGAGUUCUGAACAAAGUCUCAGGCAAGAGUAAACAUGGUGCGCAACCAUUGCAAGCUAACUCUAAUAUCUGUAUAAUUACCUGUUCCAACGGAAAAACAUAUACUAUUAAAUGUUGUAUAAUUGGCAAAUUGAUAGAAGCGAACGAAGCGUUGUUACAAAAUCCGAAACUUCUAUUGCAACCUCCGCAUAGAGGUGGUUAUUUAGCUAUAGUGCUCCCAAAUAUAAAGCAUUUAGAUAAAAUGAAAGCAUCUUUGCUUACUCAAAAACAAUACGACUUGGAGAUGUUGGAGCGUCAGGGUACCGCGAAUAAGACAAAUUAUCGUAAUAAUGAAGUCACGGCUGGAACGGUAUCCGUGGCAAGUUAAUUUAGCAUAUAAAAAUGUUAACGAUUGUUGUUGUUUACAUGACUUUUUUCAACUGUAUACCGUUCGAGGUAAAAAUAAAUACAUAAACAAUAAGAAA